AUGGAUCAAAAAUACCACGUAUUAAAACGUGGAUAAAGAUUGAUUUAUGCCAUCGUUUCUUAGUUUUAAAUUUAGCCACUGCACAAGCUUAGCACGCGUUCUGUACUAGAAUGAAGAUACAGAACAAACAUUACGAUUUUUGCAUGUGCUUGAACGUAAUGCACAAAUCUCAUUUGCUACUGAUAAAUAUGUACACGAAGAAACAAAUACAGAUAUCCUGUUAUAAAUAUAUCCAAGAUACAAUUGAAAAGGAAUAAGAGGUGCUGAUGCUUAUAUAAGGAGGAUCGGUAACUAACAUAUUUACUUACUUCCUCAACCAUGUCAAAAUCAGAGCUGGAAGUUGUUCGAAUCGCUCCACAACGCUUGAACAACGAGCAAUCUCUUUCCGAUGUGAAUACUUAUCGAAAUUUGCUGACUUUUCAAGAAGUGCAAGCUUUAGUGAAUCGUGCGAUAGGCAACGAUGCAGUGGUGCAAAAGUUCUUCCUGGGAUCGUAUUCUGACGGAAAGCUUGGAUUUCUUGGGUCACAUCAGAGGCUUAGCGUGGAAAUCAAAACAGCAAGUAAAAGAGAUAUUCUGUCAUUCUUCGUUAAAGUCGUGCCGUACGAUCUACCGGCUCAAGCUGAAUACGUACUCGAUAAAUGUGCCUUUUUGAAGGAGAAGAUUUUCUAUCAUGAUAUAUUUUCUCAGCUCUGUCACGAGUAUAAGGGCGAACCGUGGACAGCAACUUGUUUCUUGUCCAAAGAUAAUUUGUUGGUAUUUGAAGACCUAGGUGCUAAAGGCUAUUCAUUGAGGAGUAAAUUAUUUGAUAAAGAGCUUAUUGAAUCCGCUUUAACAGCCAUCGCUAAAUUACAUGCAUGUUCUCUAUUGGCGGAGGCACGUCUUGGAAAGUCCUUGAAGGAAAUAUAUCCAUAUGCCUUUGUCGAGAACUCCAUUUCUGAAACUGGUAAAACUAGAACGUGGUUCGAAGUAAGCGUGAAUGCCAUAGUUGCCGUAGCCAAACAUCUUGGUCUGAAUGCUGAUUUCGUGCCAAAAGCUUGCGAAGAAGUAUACGCCGCCUUGGAAAUGUCAACUACGAAAAGAAAUGUUGUUAGCCAUGGAGAUCUAUGGGGGAAUAAUCUUAUGUUCAGUAACACCGUACCUUCUAAGUACUCCCCUCUGGCGCACGAUGUAAUACAGUUGCUGUAUCUUUGCGCUGAUCGUGAUUUUAGAGAUAAAUGGCAAGAGGCUAUGCUGAGGCAUUACUAUAGCGUGUUGCACGAGAUAUUGAACUCGGCAAAAUCAGUUUCUGUACAAGUUCCAUCGUGGUCAGAAUUAAUUGAGGGAAUGGAAGAGCAGAGAUUAGCUGCUGUGAUCACCGCGUGUACGUAUUUUCAGACUGUAUUGAUGGAUGAGAAAAUAGGUGCGGAAAUUAUGAAUGAUCCCGAUAGUUAUCACGAGUUUGAAUUUAAAAAUAGAAAUGAAACGGUGAUUAAAAUAAUGGAAAUCGAUCCGGUUUAUAGGAAACGAUUGUCGGAAACUAUUACUGAAUUAGUCGAGUUCAGUCUUCGACUUGAUGAAAUACCAAAACCAACGUAA